AUGCGGAAAGGGGUGCGGCAAGGGUGCCCGCUAGCACCGUACCUGUUCUUGUGCGCGGUGGAGCCUCUUAGCCGUCUGGUGGAGAAGAGGGAGCUGGGGAUUGGAGAGAAGGGCUGCGAAAGGCUCGCGUACGUGGGGUACGCUGAUGAUACCACGCUUCUGCUGGAAGGAGAGGCACAGUUGUCGGAAGCAGGAACGGUACUUCAAGACUUUGCAGCAAUGUCAGGGCUGAAGGUGAACACCGGGAGGUCUGCCGUGCUGCCGCUGGGGAAGAACGUGGGGGAACCGGCGCCGGCUGGUCUAGGCUACAACUGGGUGGAGGAAAAGACUGCGGAAAGGCUGUUGGGGGUGUGGAUAACAACUGGGAGGGACGCAGAGGUUACGUGGGAAAAUGCCUUCGAUAGGGCGGCAGGGGAACUGAGCAAAUGGCAGGUGAAGUACUUGACGACGGGCGCGAGAGUCACCAUUAUCAACAGCUAUAUCAUCCCGAUAUUUCUCUUCCAAGCGCAGUGCUCCUUGCGACGUGGGCUGGCGGAACGCGUGGCGGGUCUGCCCCUGGGGUGGGCGACGCUGUAUGCACACAAGGCGGUGCUGAAAGGGGGGCUGAUACAAAGCAGGAGGUGGGCGAGAAUUUGUAAAGCGGUGAUCAAGUCGACAGUGGUGGAGGUGAAAGAAGCGUCGUCGAGAUGGGAGGUGGCGGAGGAAUUCCUUUGUUUCAACAAAUGGAUUAUUCACCGGGGGAGCGCUCCGUUUGGUGGGCAGAAAAGCACUGAAAAGCUGAGAAAGUGGAAGAUGCGGGACAUGGUUCUACGGAAGUGGGAUGGCACGGUGGUUCUGAAGUCGAAAGAAACACUGACAAGGGAGCUGAGGAGCAAAAAGGAAGCAGAGAUGGCGCUCAAGGCAUUCGUGGCAGCUCCAGAGCAACGGAGGAGGUGGCUGCUGGCGCCGCUGACGGCAGACGAAGUUGCAGCUGCGUCAUCGGUGGUGUGCACCAAGCUUUCGGGAGGUCAACGGUGUCUGUGGGAGAUCAGCGCGUGCAUGGGGAGGAAAGUCGAGCUAAGCGGCUUGGACGGGAAAGGGGAGCGAACGGCAUGGAAGGUCAAAAUUGUGCUGGGGUGUGACAGCGUGGUGGCUGUGGUGCUCUCCAAGGCACGGGUAGUGAGGGAGUUUGGGGAUGCUAGGGCGCGGUUGCUGGGAUCGCCCCUGGUUGAGGAAGACAAGGUGGCCCCGCUAAAGCGCCUCAGGGAGCCGAGCAAGAACGUGGAAGCGGUAGAGGCGAAGAGGGCGAGCUGGGAAGCUCGGGCGGGCAGGAAGAUUGACUGGGAAAGGGGGAGGCGCAUCAGAGACUCCCUGGUCACCCCACUGCGUGCGCGGGACGUGCUGCUCCGGGUGCAGAACCUGAACCUCCAGGUGGGGGAGAGAGUUCCGUUCCUGUGA